GUUCCUGAGUUUCCUGCUCCUCUGUGCCGCGUUCUUCCGCUCUUCAGCACUGCAUCACCUACCAGCAAGAUGAAGUUUGAGAACGUGCUCGUAGAGGUUAAUGGCUUCGGGAGAUUUCAGAUAAGGAUGAUUCUCUUGCUGGUCAUUCCUCGCGUGACUUUGCCGUUUCACUUCCUGCUUAACAAUUUCAUCACGGUCAUUCCCUCUCACCACUGCGACAUCAGUUCCUUAGACGAUGGGGAAAGGUUUAGGAAUCUAUCUCUGGAAGACCAGCUUGUCGUCGGCGUUCCCUCACAGAGCGAUGGGAGCCCGAGCUUGUGCCAGAUGUUCGCGGAGCCUCAGUAUCACCUGCUCCAUAACUCUACCAACACCACUGAUUUACCUACGAUUCCAUGCCAGAACGGGUGGGUUUAUGACAACAGCACCUUCAAAUCCACCCUGGCUACUGAGUGGGACUUGGUUUGUGAUAAGAAAAGCGUGAACAGAGCCACAGCCACCAUCUUCUUCAUGGGGGUGAUGGUUGGAGCAGCAGCGUUUGGCUAUCAUAGUGACAGGUUUGGCCGUAAAAGAACACUUCUGGUGUCCUACAUAAUAACCGCCAUCUUUGGUUUUGCAAGUGCCUUCUCUUACAAUUUUGCCAUGUUUGCUGCCAUGAGAUUUUUCACUGGAUUCGGGAUUUCUGGAAUCAGUAUUGUCUCCAUUGUCCUUUGUAUAGAAUGGGUGGACAUCAAGCACCGCACCGUGGUUGGAGUUUUAAUGAGUCUGGACUGGAGCAUGUCGACUGUUCUGUUACCCGGUGUGGCCUAUCUCGUGAAGGACUGGAGACACCUGACCGCCACUGUGACCUCCCCGCUGUUGUUAGCUAUAAUCUGUUGGCGGUGGCUGCCUGAGUCUGCCAGAUGGCUCAUAAGUAAUGGAAAAGUGAAUAGUGCUCAUUUUCACCUCACUGAGUGUGCAAAAUACAACCGCAGAGAGGAGUUCAUGGCUGACCUAAAGCCUGAGGUUCUCUCCAAGGUAAUAAUUGUAGAGGACGAAAAUAGGAAAUACUCCUAUGUGGACCUUGUGAAGACCCCCAGAAUGAGACAGCUUGCUCUAAAGACUGGCAUUGUGUGGUUUGGAGUGGCCUGCAUCUACUAUGGAAUCAGCUUGAACGUCUCUGGGUUUGGAGUGAACGUUUAUCUCACUCAAUUCAUCUACGGCGUCACUGAAGUCCCGGCAAAAGUCUUCAUCGUCUUUUUUCUGAACAAAAUAGGCCGAAGGUGGACUCAGGCUGGAACGCUUUUCCUCACAGGGCUGUGUUUAUUCUGCAACAUGUUCAUCCCUCAGAGUCAGUGGAUCGCAAGGACAUUUUUGGGAGCUUCGGGCAAGAUGUUUGCAGAGGCAGCUUUUACAACUGUAUUCCUGUACACAACAGAGCUUUAUCCGACUGUCAUGAGGCAAAAUGGACUUGGUUACAGCUCUUUUAUGGCCCGUAUUGGUGUGUCCGUGUCGCCCCUGGUGAUAAUUCUUGAGGACGUCUGGUCUUACUUGCCGAGUAUCAUUUUCUGCCUGGUGGCUGUUGCUGCGACUUUAUCAGCUUCUUUUCUGCCUGAGACUCUAAAUGUCCGUCUGCCGGAGACUAUCGAAGACGUGGAGCAGACGAGAAGACGAUCAAUACCCUCAACUGAUGAGAAACCCACACUCCAGUGGUGUCGUCAAGUGCCAAAGGUUGUCCUGUCUUGGCAAACACCCAAGACAGCGGUGGGCUUCGCUGUGCACAGGCAUGGGAGCCACUUUAGCAUACUUUCCCCCGUUGAGCUUGCAGGGCACAUUGUCGCACUGCAGAAGGAAGCAACGAUGACGUUUGAGAACGUUCUCGCCGAUAUUGGCGGAUUUGGCAAAUUUCAGAUAAUGAUCGUCGCGAUCAACUUCCUCGGACGCUUCACGCUUCCCUGCCACUUCAUGCUGAAUAAUUUCAUCGCAGCAACUCCGGCUCACCACUGUGACAUCAGCUCUUUGGGAGAUUUCCUGAAUCUGUCUCAGGCGGAGAGGAUCGCCGUGACCGUCCCAGUCGAGAGGGAUGGGAGUGUGAGCUCCUGUCGGAUGUUUGCGAAGCCUCAGUAUCACCUGUUGCUUAACUCCUCUGACGUUUCUGAUGCCGCCGCCGUGCCAUGCCAGAAUGGAUGGGUGUACGACAACACCACCUUCAAAUCAACUAUAACCUCGGAGUGGGACCUUGUGUGCGACAGAAGAGGGAAAAAUAAAGCAACAGCCACAAUCUUCUUUGUCGGAGUAAUGUUUGGAGCCAUAACCUUUGGAAGUCUGAGUGACAGGUUUGGCCGCAGGAUCAUGCUCCUGGUGUCGUAUGUGUCCGGCAUGCUGUUUGCUGUGGCAAGUGCUUUCUCCACAACCUACGUCAUGUUUGCAGUAUUGAGGUUCUUCACUGGCUUCUGCAUCACUGGCAUUGUCAUCGCCUCAUCCGCGCUCAAUGUGGAGUGGGUGGAUAUUGAGCACAGGAAACUGGUGGGAGUCAUCGAUAGUUUAUCCUGGAGUUUUGGCCUAGUAAUAUUUUCAGGCAUCGCCUACUUGGUGACUGACUGGCGUUGGCUGGUUGUCAGCGUGACCUCACCUUUAAUCUUGGCCAUCAUCACUUGGAGGUGGUUGCCAGACUCCGCAAGGUGGCUCAUUGCCAAUGGAAAAUUGGAGAAGGCUCAGAUGUACCUGAAGAAAUGCGCAAAGAUGAAUCAAAGAGAAGAUUCGAUUCACACACUUCAAGCAGAGACAUUAUCCACCAUUGUAGUGAGGGAGACGAAAGGCCGAACUUAUACCUACCUUGACUUGAUUCGAACACCUAAGAUGAGGAAACUAGCCCUGCGAACUGGUUUAUUAUGGUUUUGCGUGGCAACAACAGCUUACGGCAUCAGCUUCAACAUCACUGGCUUUGGCUUGAACAUCCACCUUACUCAGUUUACCUAUGCUUUAAUAGAGGUGCCAGCCAAGCUUUCGGUUUAUUAUCUCCUAGAUAAAAUAGGCAGACGCAACACUGAGGUGGGAGCUCUGUUGUUAGCUGGUCUCUGUCUUGGAAUCAACAUUGUGAUACCAAAAAGUAUACCUGUGGCUCGAACAGUUGUUGCUGUUUUUGGGAAGGGGUUUUCUGCUGCCUCCUUUGGAACGGUCGGCUUGUACAGCUCUGAGCUGUAUCCAACUGUAGUUAGGCAGAAUGGAAUGGGCUACAACUCCUUCAUGGCUCGGUUUGGGGUCGCUGUGUCUCCUUUGAUCCUGUUACUGGACGAGGUCUGGAAGGACCUGCCCCAGGUGGUCUUGUGCUCAACAGCUGUACUGGGAGCGCUGGUGGCGAGGACGUUGCCAGAGACACGCAACAGAUGUCUGCAUGAGACCAUCGAAGAUAUUGAAGGAGAGCCCAACCAGUGUAGCAACAACAAAAAGUCAUCAGAAUGAGUGUUUGUUUGUUUUUUGGUCAAUAGAAAAUACAAAUUGCCAGUUUUGACAGCCAGAUUUGUGUUAACUUAGUGAUAUGGUUUAUUUAGAGAAGUGAAUGUGAUUGGAAGUUUUGAAGUAGGUUUUACUUGGUAUAAAGCAGACAAUACCAACUUUACCAGUUGCUUAUAUUUGUCUUAUCCUGGCAGGAUCUAUUUUACAAAUGCAAAUCAGUUUAAUUAUUACAUUUUGGGGGCUACCAUCCUUUUUUUGUAAGAAUGAAUAAUUAUAUAUUUGUGAUAAAAAGGUUUAAAAAAAUUCAAUAAAUAA